CCCAGACCCCCACAGGAUCCAUUCAGCCAGGAGCUGACAGCCACAGCCCCUCCAUCCUGUCCCUGGGCUCGAGGUCGCUUUCAGUUGUGCUGGUGCUCCAGACCCAUGCAGGGCUAAAGCCCAUUUCCUCUGGGAGCCGCUCACGCCCGCAGGUGCCCACUAAAGCACGGCUUUCUGUGAUUCCUCUCCCUCCCCUGUGACAUCUCCCUCCCCAGGCUGCUGUGCGAGCGUGGGGCUUGCUUUAUGAUGGGGUUCCUUGCAGAGCUCUGCUCGCUCCCAGAGGCAGAGACACGGCUUUGCCCUGCCUUGCACCUGCUCCCUGGGUAUCCCCAGCCCUGAGGAUGAUGCUGGGACGGGGGCAGUGCCACAACAGGAAAGGAGACGGCUGGUGAUGCCAUGUGGGGCAGGGGCUGUGGAGCAGAGGGCGGCUGUGCAGUACAGAGAGAAGAUGUGGGGAACACUGGGGCAGGAGGGCUGCUUGCUCCAGGAGCUCAUCCAUCACACGGGUGUGUGUAAAUGCCAACCUCUCCCAUUGUCUCUCUAUGCCGUGCAGAGGGCAGCAGCUCCUUCCACAUCAGGAGCAGCAGGGGCGGGAGGGAACUGACCCCUCCAUCCCGCGUGGGCCGAGUGCUCAGUCACGAACGCAGCCCAUGGAACACCAGCCUCCAGCUGCUGCAGAUUCUUGGUCACAGGGUGGUCACCAGCAGUCUGUGACAGGGCUGUCUCCUCUCCUACCUGGCAAGAGGCUGUGAGGCAGCUUGUGGGAGCCGACAGGCUGGGAAGGCUGGCUGGUAAGGCACAUGAGGAAACAGCAGGAGUCUUCUGCUGUGGUCUCAGGCGUCACCCUGUGACAGAGCACUGGCUUUGCUCUCGCUCUGGGGUUGACUCCUCACACAAGAGUGGUCACACCCAUGAUUGCCGGCAGCAGUGGAGACCCUGCUGUGCCCACUGCCCGCAGUAGUUGGACCCCACCCAAAUUACAAUUUUCUCUGCUUGGAUCUGUGGCUGUGUGGGAAGGGAGAGGUAUUUCCCUUGAUGACACAAUUGGUGAUCACUGCAGCUGCCACAGAAGCUCUUGGACUGGAGGAUGCUAUCAGUAAAGAGUUGGAGUCUCCCAACGGCUUCGAUGGAGAGGAGAAAACCAGCUGUAAAUCACUGCCAAAAGUCUGAGGGAAUUUGCAAAGCCAGUUGGUGUCACAGCAUCUGUAUCUCAGCAGUGUCACCCUUUGGGCAGGGUCACCUCUGUUGGACAGGCUGGUGCCCUCAGUAAGAUGUUGUGGGAUGCACGCAAGAUGUGGUGUAACUUGCUGUUUUCCUUCUCCCAGAUUUCAUCUUCCAGAAGGAGCUAUUUGCUGUGAGAGACACAGAUCCCAUGCACAACCUCUCUGCUCAGCCCUGGCAGGCAAAGAUGGCCAACCUGACCUAUGACAACUUCACCCUGGGCAACCACUCCGAGGUGGCCGUGCAGCCUCCCACCAACUACAAGACAGUGGAGCUGGUUUUCAUUGCCACUGUCACCGGCUCACUCAGCCUUGUCACCGUGGUGGGGAACAUCCUGGUGAUGCUCUCCAUCAAGGUGAACCGCCAGCUCCAGACUGUCAACAACUAUUUCCUCUUCAGCCUGGCCUGCGCAGACCUCAUCAUCGGGGUCUUCUCCAUGAACCUCUACACGGUCUACAUCAUCAAAGGCUACUGGCCACUGGGGGCCGUGGUGUGCGACCUGUGGCUGGCUCUGGACUAUGUGGUGAGCAAUGCCUCUGUCAUGAACCUGCUCAUCAUCAGCUUUGACCGGUACUUCUGUGUCACCAAGCCCCUGACGUACCCGGCCAGGAGGACCACCAAGAUGGCAGGGCUAAUGAUCGCGGCCGCGUGGAUAUUGUCCUUCAUUCUCUGGGCCCCUGCCAUCUUGUUCUGGCAGUUCAUUGUGGGCAAGAGGACAGUCCCUGAGAGGGAAUGUUACAUCCAGUUCCUCUCCAACCCAGCGGUGACAUUUGGCACAGCCAUUGCUGCUUUUUACCUGCCCGUGGUCAUCAUGACGGUGCUGUACAUCCAUAUCUCCCUGGCCAGCAGAAGCAGGGUAAGGAGGCACAAGCCUGAGAGCAGGAAAGAGAGGAAAACCAAGUCCCUCAGAUUCCUCAAGGGCCCCAUGGUCAAACAGAACAACAAUAAUUCUCCCAAGAGGGCCGUGGAGGUGAAGGAGGAGGUGAGGAAUGGGAAAGUGGAUGACCAGCCAUCUGCACAGACAGAGGCCACUGGCCAUCAGGAGGAGAAGGAGACAUCCAAUGAGUCCAGCACCGUCAGCAUGACCCAGACCACAAAAGACAAGCCCACAGCAGAAGUCUUGCCAGCAGGGCAAGGACAGAGUCCAGCCAACCCCCGGGUGAACCCGACUUCCAAGUGGUCCAAGAUUAAGAUUGUCACCAAGCAGACUGGGUCUGAAUGCGUCACCGCCAUUGAGAUCGUCCCAGCUAAGUCAGGUGCCUCUAACCACAACUCCCUGGCCAACAGCCGCCCGGUCAACGUUGCCAGGAAGUUUGCCAGCAUCGCCAGGAGCCAGGUACGGAAGAAGCGCCAGAUGGCUGCCCGGGAGAAGAAAGUCACCCGCACCAUAUUUGCCAUCCUGCUGGCCUUCAUACUCACGUGGGCACCCUACAACGUGAUGGUCCUCAUUAACACCUUCUGUGAGACCUGCGUGCCCGAAACAGUGUGGUCCAUCGGCUACUGGCUCUGCUAUGUCAACAGCACCAUCAACCCAGCCUGCUAUGCCCUCUGCAAUGCCACUUUCAAGAAAACCUUCAAGCACCUUCUCAUGUGCCAGUACAGGAACAUUGGCACAGCCAGAUAAACUGGUACUCAGGGACCACUUCAGUAUCCUUAUGGAAACCCUUCCCUUUGCCUCCUUUGCCAGCGGGGGUUCUUCUGCUCACCACUCACAACAGUGCAGACUGUGCAGUGAUUGCAGAGGAUGCCCUUCAUCCAAUGCUGACAAAAAUCCAAGGCAUUUCUGAGCUACAGGUCCUUCCAGUCACCUGGGCCUGGGGACUAGCUCAGGGAGCCAGGGAGAAAGCCAGAGGCAAGAGGAGAUGUGGUCACCAGGAGCCCUUCCCAGCUCCAUGCUCUUCAGAUUGGCCAAAUGGCAUCAGUGUUUCUCCUAAGACUGGAUGUACCUUUUUCCCCAGCUGACCAUCUCCAUGGCAUCAGAUCUUGUCUGCAUGCAGAUGGGCUAAUGCUGGAUGCUUUCCAUUGGCUUAUAAAGCGUUUAUUACCCAAGAAAUGAAAAGAAACCAGGGUCAAACAUUGCUAGACAUCUUGGACCAGGCUGACUCAGGCAGGCUGAUGGGGAGUCCUGCUGGCCCAGGCAGGCCUCCUGUGAAGGCAGCCAAGAUUGGACCCUAACAGAUGUGGCAAGAUGCUUCCUUUCCCUUGAGAGUGCCAUCAGACAUCCUCACCCAGGGUCCUGGGGCAGAAUUUUUCCCUGGACUCUGGCUCUGCUCUCCCCUUCACAUCCUUUCUGCCCUCAGACAGCAAUUUGCUGGAAAGACAGACAGAUAAACCAAGCACUUCACUCCUGGAUAAGGAGUGUGAAACCCAGUUGCUCCCAACAAUGAUGGAAACUAAAACUGGAAAGAAAAGCCCUGGUUUGGUGCAGGACUUCGUUCCACAGCCCUGGGGGAAUGGGAACCCUGAGUAGUGGGCAGCAGUGACUGUGAAAAUAACUGUCCUUGGGAGACAGGGGGGACCUGGGGGUCUCAGAAGGGCGGGAAGAGGGUCUGCAGUGUGGCCAAGGGGCCCUGUGUCUCAUCUGGGCCGUGAGCAGGUCCCCGCUCUCCCUGCAGUGGGUGUGGGAGGCCUGAUGCAUGGCUCUGGAGGCAGGAGAGGAUGACGGUGGCCUCCAGCCCCCUCGUGCCUGGAGUGCAGGGGGCUCCUGCAGGGAGGCUGAAGGAGCCGGUUGCUGAGCUUUGUUCAUGGAUGUAACGCUGUCAUGGGUGUUGUGGCAGAGCCCCCAGCAUGCGGGCUCCAGCCAGCGCCUCCAGCCUCCUCCCAGCCAGCCCUGUGUGCAGCCCAGAGCACCCUGGGGCUGCUCCCCAGCUCCUCCCAAAGCCGGGUGCAAGCCUUCUCCUUGCAGCCAGGUGCAGGCAAGGGAUGGGAUGGGAUGGGGCCGCUCUAGCACUGGCAAACUCUGUGUCCGUAUGUCCUUCCUGUCCUCAUGCCAGGGUGCAACCUGCAGAAAGGCUGCCCCAGCCCGGAUGGGAGCCCCUCCAUCACUGCCUUUAGGGGUACCCAAAAUGCCUGGUGGAUUUCUGGGUAUUUUUAAAUGGUUACAACUGCAGCCCAACACACCCCAAGACAAAUAAAGACCUUUGACCAGGAAACUAA